AAUUCGUGCAAGACAACAAAUAUGGGCUCCACCGACCUCGAAAGUCAAGCACUCCAACAAUUCGACCGCUUACUUGCCAAAGGCGAACUCCUCUGGAACGAAACCCAACCUCGACACAUUACCAGUGAGCCUUUUGACUUCGAAUUCCGCAUCGCAACAAGUCUCCAAAAGAAACCCAUCGAUACGAAACAAAAGACUCCCACCAAAAACGCUUUUCCAGCUAGCGAAGGCGAUUGGACUCUAGGACCAAUUGGCAAAGAUCACAAACUCAUAUUGAACAAAUUCUGCGUUGUUCGUCCGCAAUUUGUUUUACCGACGAACGAAUACCAGCCGCAAAGCGAUGCAUUGAAUGCUGGUGAUUUCGAUGCUGGAUGGGAAGUUUUGACGAGGUUACGAGCAAACGGUGGCGAUGGUGAUGAUGAGAAGUAUAUGGUGAUAUUCAAUUGUGGUGUUGAAUCGGGGAGUUCUGUGGGGCAUAAGCAUUUGCAGUGUAUACCACAGCCUUUGGGAGCGAAGCAUGGGAGGAAGAAUUUCUUCUCGCUAUUGAGAAGUGAUGGGGAAGGGGAGAUUGAGAAGGUGGCGGGUGCGCCGUUUGAGCAUGGUGCUCUGAGACUUGACAGAGACGACAGAAGGAUAGAUGGAAAGAGUCUUGACGAGCUCUAUGUCAAGCUGAGAGAGUCGCUGAACUUGCGGAUUGAAGACGGAAAAGUACCACCUCAUAAUGUGCUCCUGACGAGAACGCAUUUAGUUGUCAUCCCAAGGACGAAGGCUUGGGUAAACGUAGAGGGGAAGGAUACUGUGAUUGCGGGAAAUGCGGCUGGAAUGAUUGGUUUGGUGUAUACGUGGAGUGAGGAGCAGUAUGAGGCCUGGCAGAAGUAUGGGCCGAUGAAAGCAUUGGGUGAGCUGGGUGUGGUAAAGGCAUGA